CACACACUCUCUCCAACACACACUUUUGCACGCACAGAUUAGCGCAGGACCGCCGUACACACAACACUCGUCCUGGGAUAUGAACCCUCUCGCCAUCACCUGUCUCUUGUGCUGCUUCGUCGUCUCUGGUGCUGGAGGCGCUCAGGGAUCCGAGGCCACGUUCUCCGGUGAACUAGCCCGAGUGACCGGGGGUCCGGCCUCUGGGGAGGUCCUCCAGACUUCGCUGGCCGACGAUGACGAGCUGGAAGUAGACGAGGAGGUUUCGGGAGGAGACAACGACCAUUUCAGCCUUCUCGUUUCACCCUCAGCUUCUCCUGCCACAGAGUUGCAUCCCAGCAAAGAUGAGAAGAAGAAGAGGAAGGGCAAAGGCAAGAAGAAGAACAGGCACAGGGGCAAGAGCACGACUCCCCUCAACCCCGAGCACGUGUUCUACACCGACGGCUACACGUCGACUCUCAGCACCACAGAGGAUCCCUGCACCUCCACCCACCUGGGCUACUGCAUCCACGGCUACUGCAAGUACAUAGAGGGCCUCCAGGAGCCAGUGUGCAUAUGUAUGAAGGGUUACGACGGGGGGCGCUGUGGGAUCCAGUCUCUGGGGACCAUUCGGACCCAGCCGGACCAGAUCAACAACUCUGAGUUGGUGCAGACGGUGUUAGUGAUCAUCGCCGUGGUCCUGUCGGUCAUCAGCUGCACCGCCAUCCUGCUCAUGACUUGCGCUCAUUACAGGUCACAUAAAAACUUUCUCGCAUCCUACCUGGGAACUGGGGCAGAGCAGGAGAAGCUACAGAAACCCAUCGGGGACAUUGUGGUGUGAAGGCGUCAAGUUACGAGCUGCACGACUCGAAGGACGACGCGGACCAGAAGAGUCUGAGGACCUGAGAAAGCAGUAGAGUGAAUAGACUGCUUCAUUAGAUGCUGUGUAAACAACAACAACAACAACAACAACAAAACAGAACUUGUUAGAAUGUAAUUUAUUUAGUGUGUUAUUUAUUGCUAACGACACUGUGUGUGUGUUUGUAUGUUGGACUAUUGCUACGACGUCGUUGUCGUUUCUUUUAAUUUAUUGCACUGCUGUUGUUAUAGGUCAGAGAAACACUCCUCAUCUCGCUUUGGAAAAGGGAUGGAAUUUGAUCACCAAUAAAGUGUCUCAGUGUUA